AUGGGUUUUGGGCUAACAACAACAAUUACAAGGUCACUCGUCAAGCAUGGCGGCAUGCCGCAUGCACCUAUACCUAUACUAAAUAGCCUCCCGGUCCCCUGCGAUGAACCACCUCCGAAACGGAGACGAGUUAGUACAGGCCUACAGCGAAAGCGAGGCGUCAAAGAGUGCCUCUUGAGCCAGGUUACGCCGCUUGUAGAGAGGGCUGUUGGACAUCUCUCGAGGGAUGUUUACCAUGUUAACGCCCUGGCUAUUAAGACGGUGACGGAGCUCAGCAUCAACAAGUUCUUUAGGAGAAGAUGGGACGAGACAGGUGGCUACUUGAGUCAGCAGGACCUAGACGUGCUUGCGAUCCAGGCGCAUGAUGUUGUUAGGGGUCUGGCGGGGGGUUCUGAGUUUCGCAUAUCCCCUCUAUCUUCAGAGACACCAGAGCCUCAGCUCUCUCCACCACCGAGGUCAACCCCGAAACCUCAGCCGCGAGGCCAAACAUCGCCGACGAUCGUGAACAUUGAAGUAACAAGGAAGUCCGAAGAACGGGACUCUCCCAUAUUCUACGACGCACUCACUUCACAACCCCGACUUCAACCAGAGCGUCCCGAAUAUGUCGAAAGGCAGCCUUAUAAACCUCGGGAGCGACAGGAACCGAAGCCAAGUAACCGCUAUUACCAGAUUUCCGAACGACCCUAUCUUUCGGCAGCGCAUCGCCAAGCUAUUGAAGAGGGAACAAAGAAGCCGGUGGCUGUCAACAAUGAACUUAUCGCACAGCCCAUUGUCUAUCAUGUGGACUUCAGCCCUGAGGAGAUCGCCGAGAUUAUAGACCAAAUAUCACAAAAUGAGAACAAGCACAUACCGGCAACCCGCGAUUCUUUGAUGGAGCAAAUCCGACUACGAAACCGCCCUCUGAUACCGAUACCUGGACGAACCAUACGAGACAUGAGCGCUUUUGCUUCAGACCUGUGGGCAGGAAAGGUCGCAGAGACACCACGAGUCCUCUCAUUCACUGCUGAGCAUGUUACGGAGGAGACAAAAAAACGACAAGGUCAAAUGAGAAGGACUAGCAGACUUUCUUCUUUACUGAUGGCUCGAGAAAUGGAAGGCAACCAGGGCUUCCAACGAACCCGGGAAUAUUUGAACUUCCAAGCCGAAUUUAAAAGAUUGCGCGAGGAUGAUCUCCAGGUCGUAGCUGAGUUCACCAAUUGCGCUGGUGAUAUCACCACAGGUGCAUGGGUCUCGAGAGAGACCUUUCUUUGUGGCACUACUACACACUCCGAUACGCAUAACCAACAGUACAACAGGCCUGGAAAUUUGCUUCUUUGUUCAACUGGAAAGGGGGCGCUGCGGUCCUUUCCCGAUCACCGAAUACCUCGUCCACGGGUCGAAAAGGGGGAGAAUUCCACGGAAGCCAUGCGCCAGAGCCAAGACCCUUGGCUGUACUCAUCGGUUGUGUCAUGCGACUACAGCGUGGAAGAUGACUUGGCAUAUACGUCGAGUUUUGAUAAGACGGUCAAAAUAUGGAGGGUUGACCCGCAAGGAGAACACAUGGAGGCCAUUGCAACAUGGCAACACACAGGUAAUGUCAACUUCGUGGCUGCUGCAAAGGAUGGAUCUGGUCGCGUGGCUACAGCUGCAGACUCACCAACCGAUGCCGUGCGUAUCUACACCAUUACAAGAGGAAAUGAGUCGAACAGUACUUACCAGACGUUCUCAUGCUCACGAACUGACGCUGAUGGCUCAGACAAGUGGGCAUACUUCCCAGCAACAAUGCAGUGGGGGCGAGCUAACGGCUGUCAGCAUUUGCUUCUUGUUGGGUACUCUCCUCGCAGCUUGACAGGCGACGAUCUGGACAUUCCCGAGGACAAGAGGAGUUCAGGAGAGAUUAUCCUCUGGGAUGCGGAACAGGGUGUUAGAAUCCCUGUGAUGACAGCUUCAACGGCUAACGUCUUCGAAGUCGCCUGGCAUCCAACACUACUCCUUUUUCUGGUAGGGGUAACACCCACGGGGAUGAACAACGUUCCCCGCAAUGUUAGGACACAAGUCCACGUCUUUCAUCGCGAUAAGGAUCGCUUGAAUGGCAUUGGCUUUUGUCAGCAUCAGGCUCUCGACUGCUAUGCGUCUGACAUCAACGAACUGACGAUUGUGCCCAACUCGCCCGGACACGCCUACGUGACUGCGGCUUGUACAGACGGAAAGGUGUACGUAUGGGACACAGCACAGGGAGACAAGCCCAUCCAUACGCUACGACAUGGGAAACCUAUCGAAGAGUAUUACGGCGAUCGCGAGAAAGAGGACACUGGCGUCAAGUUCACAGCGUGGAAUACGAGUCUUGAUCGAUUCUACACUGGAUCGAGUGACGGUGCGGUGAAGGUCUGGAAUGUCCGUAAGCUGAAGAACCCUUUUGUCCGCGAUAUUCUUACAGCGCCUGGACCGAUUGCGUGGGGCGGUUUCUCCCCGGACAACUCCAAGCUCGCCAUCGGCGAUGCCACAGGCCGUUGCUUCAUCUUAUCAACUGAUGAGCGGGAUAUCCCAGAGUCGCAUAUGAUGACACUUCCGGGCACCACUCGGCGCCGACGCCGGCCUAUACCCAUAAUUCCACACCCGGAACCAGCUCCACCCACCCCGGCGAGGGAGGACGAUGAGAUGCUCACCGAUGAUGAGCUUUCAGACGCAGAUAUCGCUGAUUAUUCGAGACGAGCGUAUUUAGACAGCCAAUGUCUAAAGCUUACAUCAAAUCCAGUUAUAGGGGUUGUACAAGGCCCCCGCUACCAAUCCACCAACCUCUACCGCCGAGAAGCUCACUAUGAUGAAGACCCCUCAGCGCCUCUCCUGGCUCAUUUCGAGCGGCGACAAAAGGAUAGCGAGGCCGCUAGUCUUGGCAGAAGACGCCGUUCGGUGCGACGGCUUAGGACCCCUUCACUACCCGAUGAGCGUCUUCGUAGCAUCCAUGCUCAGAAUGCGAGCAAGGACUUGGAUGUGAAUCAUUUAAAAGACAGUGAAGUGAAAGAACUUGUCAAAUCCGCUACGUUACUAAGUAUUGAGGAGGAUUGGGGCUUUACAUAUGAAGAAACCAUGAGCUUCGACGGGGAAGCUUAA